AUGUACUUCUCCACCGUUGUCGUUGCCCUGGCUGGUGCAAGCACCGCGCUGGCAUCUGCCAUCCCUGGCAAGAGUGCGCUCUUGGAGCGUCAAUCCGCCGUCGUUCUCUGCACCGGCGCCAGCAGUUCUGCAGUCUGCUGUGCCACGGAUGUGCUCGGCGUGGCUGAUCUGGACUGUGCACCACCCCCAACUCCCCCAACAAGCCUUGAGGACUUCACCGACAUUUGUGCUGCCAUCGGCCAGCAGGCUCGGUGCUGCUUGUUGCCCAUUCUUGAACAGGGUCUCAUCUGCGCGAACCCCGGCAAGUAG